GAGACCAGACAAGUACAUCAAUAGUUCAAAUAAAAACAACACGCCUUGUGUGUCACAACAUAAGGGAUCUUUAAAGAAAUGGACCCAUUGGGAGAAAAAGUGUCAAGAUGAUUGUAAGCAUGCUAGAUAGCUUAUUGUAUAGGGAUCUUUAACAAUCAAUAUAUUUAAUUGAUUGAAGGAAAUGUGUAUCAUAUUGGUUUUUUUUAAAUAUGGGUCAGUGUAUGUUCUAAUAUAAUCACAUUUAUUAUUUUUUAAAUGUUUCUUUUAUAUUUUACAACUUAUUUUGUGUUCUUGUUUAUUUAAAUAUUUGAGUUUGUUGUAAGUCAAUCCUUUUAAGUCUCUAAACACUAAAAUCAUCAUCUUUUCCAAAUCUUACAGGGGACACAAAAUUUAUAGGCUUUAAGAAUUUAUAUAGUUAUUGGUUUGAUGCACAAUGCCUAUCAUUCAUAAACUACUGUUUGCCUUUUCUUUUAAAUGUUAAAAUUAUUUUGAUUUAUACUUUAACAACUUUAUAUAAAAGUGGGCUAAUAUUAAAUGAAAUAUAUCAGUCUUCUUACAUUUCAGCUAACUUAAUACGUUCAUAAAUGGAUAACUAUUGUAACAUUUCAGCUAACUUAAAAUAUUCUAAUUUGGAUAAAUAUUCUCAUAUUUCAGCUAACUUCAAAUUAAGUUCUAGUAUGGAUAACUAUGAGCGAAGAAAAAGGCAUCAUGAUAGAUUUGAAAGACGCUAUGGCUCUCGAUCAAAACACUUUCGCGAAGAUGACAGGUAUCAAGAGAGAGAUUUUUUUGAUGAUUAUGACAUACUGUUCCCAGAAAGGGGAUUUCAUCACCACACACUCCAUGAUAGAGAUCUCUUCCUUAAACGGGAAAUCGAUAGAUACCAGGAAAGAGAUUUUGAAUAUGACCGAAUGUUGCCAAACAAAUCUUAUGCACGUAAUUACCUAGACCAUUAUGACAAUUUACCCCGUCUUCCACUUCCUCCUUUACCAUUUGACCAUCUCUCAUUCCCCUACUGGGAUCCAUAUUUUGAAGACAGAAUUCCCCCAAAGUUUUUUGACAGAAGUUACAAUGGUAGAAGAUCGCCCCUACUUCCUCACCGUCAUGACAAAUGGGCAUCCAGGCGUGAACGCUGGACACCUGAGAAUGAUUACCCGGCACCUGAGCGCAUUGAUGUUGGACCGGUGUACAGAGAAACUCCAAAUGCUUGGAAGACUCAAAAGCAUCAUCGAAAUUUGAGGGGAAAAGAUAAAGAUUUCACAGAAGACUUGGAUUUGAACUCCAUACCCCAAGAGGUCUGUUGACUGUCCCUAGCUUUUGAUGUUCAUUGUUCAACUGUAAUAAUUUAAUAAUUUUCGUUUUAAUAUUUUAUAUUUAAUGUGAAAUUUAGAUGUUUAAAAGGCAGCUUACUGCAAUAUGCAAAAAAAGGAUACAAAAGGUUUUCUUUUGUCUGUACAAAAGGUUUUCUUUUGUCUGUAGAAGUACACACAUAACAACUGGAGUGCAAAUGGUGCUAGUAAUGGGCCACAGACUAACAUAAAUUUCAAUCCUGAAAUGAGAGGCAGUGACAGACCAGUAAUAACUGGAAGACCACAAGGUGUAUUUAUGCAAGGCACAUCAGUGAAUAGAGGUUAGUUAUCACUAAGGUUUUGAAAAUGAUCAUUAAUUUUUCUACUAUCCGAAAUCAUGAAAUGUUUUAAUUUAUUUUUGGUACAACACAAACAAGUAUAAAAAAUAAUAAGUCAACUAUAAAAUUGAAAAUGAGGCUGAUUUCUUAUUAAAAGUUGUAAGUCUUUUUUUGUUUGUUAUGAAAGUACUUUACUCUUAAAGUACAUUAUAUUGACUUUUCAAUCACAAAUGAUUGAUGGAUUAUAACUUGAUUUUUUCUCACCUUUUUACAAACCAAAGUUAUUUUUAACUUGCAAAUAUAAUGUUGUAAAUAAAUUUCUUUAAAAAUAUCAAUUUUCAGCAUAAAUUUGGCUUUUUAUUAAAAAAAAAUUUAGUCAGUGCAUCGUGUUUCUGUUUUUUUCAUGACGCGAUUUUUGUCCCCCAUAUUGCGCGAUUUUUGUCCCCCAUAGUGCCGAUCCUGUGAAACUUCACUGAAGGCUGGUAGCACAAAAUGACACAAAAAGGGCUUAACAUUUAUCUUGCAACAUUUUUAUUGUUUAUAUUUCAAGUCAAAAAGUGAUACCAGUCCGAUUAAAACAAGACUUGACUGAUGAUGAUUUUGUGUGUUUUCGCCUGAUCCAAAGUUAGCUGUCAACAGUAAGAUUUUUUUUCUUUAUGACAGGUCAAAAUGCACUCAAAUUUUGUGGAAUUAGUGGGAAAUACUAUAUUAAUAUUGAUAUACUUAACAGUGGACUUCAUAAAUAUUGAAAAUAUUUAAGAUUACUUAUUUUAAUGUCUAGUUCCAGUUCAUCAAGUGUAUAUUUUCUUCUCUUUUUUUUUUUGCAUAGGCAUUGUUGUUUGAAAUUUCAUUUGUUUACAUUGAAUACGCAAAGAUGAGGCAAUGACAUUUUUGGUCUAAGAUUUAUUCAGGAUUAAAAACAGAUAUUAAUUUUGACUUUAAAAAAAAUUAAAAAAUUGAAUAAUUCAUUUAGUUUUGUUCAUUUUUUUUCAAUUAUAAGAUCUAAGCUUAUAUGUAAUGCUUAUAUUCUAUUAUCAUUUCACAGUAUCAGAGUGGUGACUAAGACAUUGGGCAAACCAAUCAUCAUGGCAAUGCUAUUCCUGUCAAAAGACCUAAGCUACCUACUGAAACCUGUCUGAAACAAGACAAGAUAUGGAGUACAUAAAAGGCUGGAGAUGCUUUGUAAAUGUACACAAUUGCAGCUGCAAUGUUAUGGAAACUAAGCCAACUUGAUUUUAAAACUGGACAUUCCAGCUGAUAAACAAAAAUAAAUAACAUUCAUUGGACUUCUAACCUACAAGCCCCACUUGUGUGAACUGUUACUGGAUUAAGAGUUUAUUCACUAAAUUAUGGAAUUCAUAAAUUGUUUUUAGGCCAAUAUACAGAUCUAUACAGUAAAUUUCUAAAAGAAAAAACAGGGGAAACUGGGAAUUAGCAGGUACAGUUCAUUUCAUCUAUACUUGAUGAAAAGGACACGCAUGCAAGUAUGAUCCCUGGAACAACCAUAAUUAGUAAUCAAGAGAAUCAGAAAGGGAUAGGACAUACUCAUGUCAUAAAUGUAACUCAGUAUGGGUAUGAACAACAUACCGGCUCAGUAUGGGUAUGAACAACAUACCGGUAACUGUAUAUGAACUAUUGGUCCUGGCAAAUUCAAUAUCUAAACAAUAUAAAUGGUUCUGUUAUUGUAGUAAGUUAAGCUAAAUCCAACUACUGUGGUUAGUCGAUUGGACUGUGAUAAAAUUAGUUGAUAAAAGAUAUCAGCUCUGGAAUGAAUACAAAUAAUGUGGACAACACUAUGAUUAGUAAAAGAGAACAACAUUGGCCAAGACUGCCAGAGACUUAUUGUUUCAUUUUAAUUAAUUUUCUAGUGUUGUGCUUAUAGUCAUAUUUAUUUUAAUCUAAAGAAAAAUAAUGCAUGUCUUGAAUAAUCAAAAAGAUCUGAUAGCUUUAGUCUUUUUAGUUCCUCUAUAGAAUUAAUGCGGUGACAAACUUUGUAUGACAAGUUUGACAAUGUUCAUGUUUCUACUGCAGCCAUAUGAAUGAUUAUAACACAGCAAUGGCAUGCUGGUAGAACAGCAAGGGUUACUUACAGUAAAGAUAUCAUGUGAAAAUCUUUUUAAGGUGCAUAAAAUAGUGAGAAAAUUAGGACUUAAUGUGCUGCCAUUGUUAAAUAUAGGAGUUUUCUGGAAAAACCGAAGUUGGCAGCUGUCGUAUUUCAUACCCAAUGAUUGUUUAUUUGUACCCAGUGUUGUAUAUUUUUUAUAAAAGAUGUUAAAAUUAUUUAACUCCACUUAUAUCAUUUGCUAAUAAUAAUAAUAAUAGUAUUUCUCUCAUGAAAUAUUUGCCUUGUUUUCUUUACCUUUUUUUUUAAAAAAUCAAUCACACUUUUUAAAAAAUGUAUGAAUGCAUUUUAAAAGUGGCAUAGCUCAUACAAAUGUUUCUAAAAGUGCUUGCAAUUUGUAUGUGUUGUAAAAAUGGACACCCAUUGAUGAAUAUAAUUAAAAAAUUUAACUUACCCCACCAUACUUUUUUUUUUUGCUUCUACCUGUUUGUGGUAUGUUUAUAUUUUUGUGAAAAUUUAGCACACCUAAAAACCUAAUCUUUUUUCCAUAAAGAAAGACCAUAAUUAACUGUCAUCUCAGAAUUGGUAUCAAAUAAUAGAUCCCUCAAUUCUGAAUCCAAUGAUGUUUAACAUGUUAUUACUGCUAUGUUCUUCACUGAAUAACCAGCCAGAUUGUAAAGGUACCUAUUAAGGGAGAAAAAAAUGGCAGAAAACCAAGAAUAUUAAUUGAGAGUUAAAAUAGAAAAUGAGGCUGAUUUCAUAUUAAAAGUUGUCAUUUUUUAAUUUUUAUGAAAGUAUUUAAAAGUAAUAAAUUUCAAUUUUUUUUUAAAGAUAUCCAAAGGUUAAAAUUUUCGAUUUUUUUUUUAGAAGGGAUACUAAAUAAUGACAGAAAGUAUCACACAUGGGUCAAAGAAAUUCACCUGAUGUAGUUUCAUAUGGUCUUUGGAUUAUUUGAUGGACAAUAAAAUGGAUAAUUGAGUUAGAAAUAUGAUUUCUGAAACCAAUUAAUUAUGGGUUUUAAAUUAAUUUUUGUUGAGUUCCAAACCAAUUAACCUGUCCACACUCUCUUUCUCUCUCUCUGCUCUCUCCCCCUCUUAUCCCCCUCUAUCUCCUCCUCCACUCUCCUCCUCACCUCUCUCCCAUCUUCCUCUCCUCUUCAUGUCUGUCCGCCUCUCUCUCCUCUUCCUCUCUCUCCUCCCCACUCUCUCCUCUUCCUCUCUCCUCUCUCAUUCCUCUUCCUCUCCCUCCUCUUCACCUCUCUCCUCUUCCUCUCUCUCCUUCUCCUCUCACUCUCCUCCCCUAUCUCCUUCUCACCUCUUUCUUUUUCUUCUUCUCUAUCUCUCCCCCUUCUCUCUCUCUCUCUCACAAACACAUAUAAAAAAAUUGUAAGCUUUUGCUCUAAAGAAAACAGCUUCAUUUACCUAUUUUACUUUAUUGACCUGUUCAUUUUGUUCUUACUCCAGCUCCACCACUACUCAGUUUGCAGACCAGGAGACCACUGCUACAAACACCAACUCCAAGGUACACAGAACAAAAAUUCCAAGGCAGAGGUCAAGGGCGGGGGAAAGUUCAAGGUCAAGCAGGAAAGACAAUCUGUGCACAGCCUCAAGCAGUUAUCUCACCAGUGGUUGUACGUAGAGUUUUAAAGUACCAUAUUUUCCUGUGUAUAAGACAUCCCCCUAGUUUUCCUAUUAAAAUAUAGGGUUUGGGCUGUAUAUCAGCUUAUAAGACGACCCCUGACUUUUGAAAAUAUUUUUUAUGGGUUAAAAAGUUGUCUUAUACGCCAGAAAAUACGGUAGGCUGAAUUUGACAAAUUUGACCUGUUAAAAUUACAACGAGAACUUCCUUUAUGGCUUUUUUGACUGUGGCGACACAGUUAAGUGACACUCAAUCAGCAUUACUGCUAUAACCUGAGAUUAAGUGCUCGUUUCGUGCGUAUAGGGUCAGGACAGGUUAACCGCCAAGCUGAAAUGUUUAGAUUGUUUCUAUAUUCCUGAUUUAUGCUCAGCAAAGAGCAAAGGCUUGCCUUGCAAGCACUGCUUUUAAAGGCAUUUAGGUAUUUGAUGCCCAUUAGUUUAGUGAUAGCCUAGGUAUUUGAUUUGAUGCCCAUCAGGGUAGCAAUAACCUAGGUUUUUAUUUCAUGCCCAUUACUUUAUAGAGAUGACCUAGGGGUUUAUUCGGAUUACCAUUUGGUUGUGGCUUUGGUAUUUAUUUUUUGAGAAUCUAAUAUUUGCUGAAAAUCUGUGUGUCCACAGAAAGAAGAAAGCAAGGAGGAUGUGAGGACAAAACUGUUCAAAUUUCAAGAGUCUAUCAAAAAGUGCCAACAAACAGAGAGUCAACCACAAUCCAUUUUAAAUGCAGUGAGCUCUUUCAUUAUAUAAAUGCUAUUGACUGUUGUCUUCAGCUUGCUGCUCUUCUUAACAAGUGCAAUAAUUAUUUGCUCUAUUUUGCAAGUUCCACUAUUAAUAAGUUACUAAUACAUAAUACAACUAAAUUUGUAUAUUUAUGACAUGAUUUGUCAAAGAAUUUAUAUUUAAAAUAUGUUGAAAGGAUCCAUUCUAUGUUUAUUUAUGUAACUUACUUUGGAUGACACGGUUUUAUGUAUUUUUAUCUAACCUAUGUUGGCUAAAGCAGUUCCAUAAUGUAUGUUUAUAUAACAUAUGAUAAUUACAUCAUGUCACCAAAGUUCAGAUUUAAAACUUGUGGAAAAAUUUUAGAAUAAUAAUGAAUAUUUAAUUUAUGUUGCCAGGCCUUUACAGAAUCCAAAAGUGGUCUCAAGUACAGCUUCCAGGUGGAACCGAUCCAGACUGAGAGAGGUAAACUUGAACUCGCCAUUGACACUGCAUGCCACAUAAUUUAAUUCAGUAUUGUUUAUCUAUGCCCGAUUACAUCAAUAUAUGUUGAAAGCUAGAGAAAAAUAUUUUUAAACAAAAUAGCUUGAAUGUGUUUGAGCCCCAGAAAAGUUGCCUAUUUAUUGUUGUCUUGAUGUUAAGCAUAAUUUUACCAGGAGUGUAACAUGUGUAUUUACUUAAAAGAUGGUAUUGUAAAUUCAACUGUUUAUUUUCAGGAGUUCACAUGUACACUAAGACAAGCUUGCUCAUAGAGGACCAGGUGUUUGCGUACUCAAUAGCUCUCAGUAAAAAGGAAUCUAAGGCCAGGGUGUGCCAGAAAGUUAUUGAGAUGUUCAUACAGAAUGAUGUGGACAAAAUACUUAAGGAGGUAAUGUUACCCUAGGGCAGUGCUGUCCAACCUUUUUGACUGUGUGGGCCCAAAUUAAGGUAAUUUUACCGUAGGGCAGUGCUGUUCAACCUUCUUGAGUACGUGGGCCCAAAAUUAGGUAAAGUUACCCUAGGGCAGUGCUGUCCAAGCUUUUUGAAUAUUAUGUGGGCCCAAAAUAACGUAAUGUUACCCUUGGGCAGUUCUGUCCAACCUUUUUGACUGGGUCCAAAAUAUUUUCUGCGAGGCCGAAGGCCACACAUGACAUCUCACAAGAAAGGUUAUUUUUUUAAAAUGCUUUCCAUCCCUGUGGAGCUACAGCCCAUGUUGGGCGUUGGCCUGCCUCUCUACUUAUUUUCUUGGGGUUUUAGGGAUGCACCCUCUUCACUCUUCUGUCAUUUGGCAUUCUCUCUAAGUGUCCUGCCCAGCGUACCCUACCCUUUUUUAUAUCAGCUAAUAUCGUGGGAUCCUCAUAUAGACUGUGCGAUUCAUGGUUGGUUCGUAUUCUCCAUCCAUAUUCAUCCUUUUUUGGUCCAUAUACUUUCCUGAGAACUUUUCUCUCCCAUGUGGAUUUGUUAGGGUCCAAGUUUCACUUGCAUAUUACAGUUUUAUAAAUAGUUUUCUUUGUUUCUCUUGUAAUGUUUUUACUUUUUGAGUAUUUUCUAAAUACUGAAGUGUGCCCUGUUUCCGGCUGCUAUUCUCUCUUUUAUAUUUACUAGUAAUUUGUUUCUUUCAUUUAAUAAAGAUCCUAGAUAUUUGAAUUGAUUUACUUUUCCAAAAAGUCUAGUCUCUAAUUUUAAUGGCUUCAUUUGUCUGUUCUUCUCUUAUCAUAGUCAUGCAUUUUGUUUUUUUGUUGUUAACUUCCAGCCUUGCUUGUAGUGAUACGUCUUCUAAUUCAAUAUGGAUUUUGAUAUGUUUUAACUAUUUUUCCCUAGCAGUGCCAUGUCAUCAGCAUAUGCAAGAUACUGAAGGGGUUGAUUGUAGAGAGAGUGCCCUUUGGUUGUGGGGCUUGGGUUUCCCUCAGAAACUAUCCUGUUAUUGUUCCUCGGGUGUCAAUAUGUAAGCUUCUUAUAACUCUUUCUAAUGUUAGGUUAAAUAGCAUACAAGCCAGUGAGUCUCCUUGUCUUAGGCCUCAUCUAAUCUGAAAUUCCCUUGAAUAUUUUCCUUGAACUUGAUUUUGCUUUUUGAGUUGUUCAAAGUUACAUGUAUCAGUCACGUCAGUUUGUUGGGUAUGCCAAACUCCUGCAGAGUCUCAUAUAGAUAUUUUCUUUUGAUGCUGUCAUAGGUCAUUUUAUAGUCCACAUAGAAUUUAUGUACUGGGAUAUUAUAUUAACAUUUCUCUAAUAGGCAUCUGAUGAUGAAAAUCUGAUCAGUUGUUGAUUUGUGUUGCCUGAAUCCAUAUUGGUAAUCACCAAGUAUUACUUCAGUGUUCGGUUUCAGUCUUUUGGCAAAUAGCUUUGUCAGUAUUUUGUAAGAAACAUUUAAUAGGGAGAUUCCUCUGUAGUUUGUGCACUGAAGUUUGGAGCCCUUCUUGUGCAUUGGGAUUGUUCAUGCUGUUUCCCGUUCUGUUGGAAUUUUCUCUUCUUGCCAAAUUUUAGUUAUAAGUUUAUGCAUCUGAGUGUGUAGUUCUCUUCCUCCAUAUUUAAUAAGUUCUGCUGUGAUGAGGUCUUCUCCAGGGGCUUUGUGGUUUUUCAUAUAAUUAAUUACUUCUUUAGUUUCUUCUAGAGUUGGGGAGUUUAUAAAAGUGUCUGGUCCCGCAUGUGGUGGUUGGUAAUCUUCAUCUUGUUUAUUAGUCUGCAUUUAGCAUGUCUUUUUUUAUGCUUUAGAAAAAUAUUGACAUCAUUCGUACUUCUUACCUUAUGCAUGAAAAAACAAAUCCAGUAGCAUUUUUGACUCAACAAGAAUUUGAAUAAGGCUUAUAAAAACUUUGGUGCUUCCUUAAUGAUUAUUUUGCUUUGAAUUGUACUUGUAAUUUUUUUAAAUUUGGUCAGUUUUAAGUAGCACCUGCCCUCAUUAGUUUUUUAAAUGUUCACUAGUCAAAGCUUUUUUUACCAGAUUUUUAUUAUAUUUACUUGAUCUUUAAGCACUACAUGAGACAUGAGAUUGAAGAGGGUCUUAUCAAUUUAAUCUGAUGCUAUGUUGUAUCACAGUUCCACAAAUAUAUUAUGAUUUUUUUUCAUGUAAAUUUAAAAAUAAUUAUUUGUUCAUAUCCUGUGUUCCUUGUUUUUACCAAUAUUAAUAAUCUGGGAGUGAUCAGUUUUCUGUCAAACCUCUCAUAUCCAUUGUCAUUUAACAAGUUGUUUCCUAGUCAUGGGAAAGGCAAGUUAAUGGUACAAAUUAUUUAGACUUUCCUAUAGCUGUAUGGUUCUGUGCAGCAUUCAGAUUCUUCCAAUGUGCCCUGUGCCUUACCGGUUUUAACCUCCGUGUUAUCCAAAAUUAGCAGGAAUAGAUUAUUUUCUCAUGUGUCUAGCCAAACAUAUUUUGAGAUAAAAGUAUUUUAAUUAAUUUAUUUAUUUCCCUUCCUUUUAACAGCACUUUGUCAGCCAAAUUGCUCCAGAAGAUAUACCAAAGGAAAUUCAAGAGUUAAUUAAAAAGCAUAGAGAGAGGAAUGCUCUGUCGAAACAAAACCUUGUUGUGAGUUGGAAGCGUCUUAUUUUAUUUUUUAUUUUACCAUUUUUAUAAUUUAUUUUAUUUAUUCCAGUAACAGCGUUGUUUCUGUAUUUCAUUUAUAAAAUAACAAUUUAUCUUGACCACAGCCCACAGACCAUGAAUACAUCGAUUUACUGGACAAAAUGAUCGGAGAUUUAAAAUCCCCAGCCAAACAAGGAGUCAACGCUAUCAUGACAAUUGACAAGAAUUGUGUUCAGCUCAAAAUUAAACUCCUUGCUGUAUAUAAAACGGUAAGAUUGAUCAUAUCAUUAAGAUCAAUUAGAGAUUGUAACAGGUGCCACUUUUCCGGAUCAUCCCGGAAUUCAGGAUUCAUGAGGCUAAAUAUUUUUCAGCUCUGAUUCGUGAGUUUUUAUAUUCUUUCUCUCCAGAUUUGCCAUUUCAGUUUAUUCAAAUGCGGAUUCUGGGUUUUUAAAAAAAAAAUUCAAUGUUUAACUCUUUUGCUGCGGAAUUUUUUAAUCAAAAAAAUUUACAUUUUUUUUUUCCUAGAGAAAAAUAAAGAGUGAUAGGUUGGGUUUAUUAAAAAGUAUUUAAAAUAUUAUUGUUUGGUUUAUAAGACUAAACUUGGUAUCAAUUGAAAGAUAAUUGAAAGGACUAUAUGUUUGUAAACUUAUUUCUUUAGUUUAAAUAAAAUAAGUUACAGAACAGAAAAGAACCAUAAAAUGUGACAUAUGCUAAACCAUUUUUCCCCAAACCCUAUGAUGUAUGCAUACCUCAUCUUCACUUCUAUAACUCAAAUCCAUUAAAACUACUACUAUCGGAAUCAUGCAAUGGCUCUAAAUAUAAAUCAUCUUCACUAUCAAAAGAAACAGUAUAAAACAAUUGAAAUAAUCGUCAAGGAAAUUUACUUGCCUACUAGCAACAGUAGAAAAAAAAGGAAAGAAAAUCAUUAAAAUAAUGCUUCAAAUGGCAACAAAUAUACCUUGGUUUCCCUUAUAAAAAAUGAAUUACCACUCUUCUAUGUUAAAGUCUUAUUUAAAAAUAGCUCUUAAAAAGUUAAAUCAAGAAAUAGCAAGGAAGAAACCAUGAUAUGGAAACAACGCAAAGCGUGUUAGUCCGUGCUUUUUUAGAACUGCGGAUGAACGAGCAAAAGCCUAUUCAGUGAGAGAGGGUUCGCUAUAAUUAGAACAGGUACUGCGACCUCUCACUUUUGUUUGUCAUCAUUGCACAAGAAAUUAUUUCUACCAUGUAUGAAUUUAUGAGUUUGUUAAAUUUCAGGGUUUGAAAAAUUUGUAUAUGAAGUUUCAGGUUUCAAGAAAUUUUUAGAAAGGGAUUUCAGGGUUCACAGCUUUCAGUGAGUGGCACCCCUGGAUUGUAAAGGACUUGAAAUAUUUAUUGUAAAUCAUUUAUCCACAUGAAAUGGUAGGAUUUAUUCGGAGAUGAUAUUUUUAUUUAUAUAACUAACAUUUCUGUAGACUUCCAUUCACAUUUGUGAUUAUGUUUCAGCAGUCUCCUUGUUAUGAGGUUGCCUAUGGUAUACCUUAUGUUCUUUCAACCUAGUUUUGUUAACUUGCUUGUGCUCUAACUCAGCAUUGUGUUACAAUCUGUGUUCACAAACUGGAAGUGGUAUAUUUGUAGGAGUUUGGAGUGAAACCUGGCACUUUCUAUUCUAUACAAUUUCCCAUAUGUCUUUCUCUAUUGUGUGAUCCUCUAGGUUCGGGUAUCUGACGAACAGCUUUCGAUCACCUGUGAUAUUUACAUAGUAGACCGUUUCAUAGCUCAGGGGAAAGGACCCAACCGGAAAACGGCUCAGCUCAAUGCUUACAACAAGGGGGCUGAACUCCUCAAAAACUCUACAGGAUCGGAUGUGCUCCAUUCUUUUCCAAACUUUAAUGAGGGUGAGCUAAAAAAGCAAGAAGUCAUGGAUAUUGUUUACAAAGGUAACUGUGUUUGCAUCAUUCCUUUACUUAGAUAGACAAGUGAAUAAAAUGUAUUUUAAAAAUAUCCAUUGCCUUACUAAAAGGCCAUUGUUGAAAAGUAAUUUUUUAGCAGAGAAUUUUUCAAAAUUUCCAAGUGAGUUACUAUGCCUGUUUAAUGCUUGUUUUAGAAAAUUUGAGAAGUUGAUGCUCUGAUGGCUGUAUAUAUGAUUAUAAUUUUGUCAUUCCCCCCUCCCUAAAAUUGUUCAAUGUCUCACCAGGCUAUAGCAGGAUGCACGAGUCCAAUCUUUGCCGGCUGAACAGAUUAAAACAGCUGCCUGAAGAAAACAGAAAGAUUUCUGACCUCAUUGUUAUUGAACAUGAGGAAUGGAGUAGUGACCGUAAGAAACAUUCCCACUGCAUUCUGAAUCAAAGUGCCACUCAGUGCGGCUGUUUACUGGAAUGGAUUACAGAGCCAGAGAAUGGAUGUUUUAGGUAUACAUUUUUUUAACACCUGGAUUACCGGCAUACUAUUUUUAUUGGGGAAAAGCUUGCUGGAAUGGUUUACAGAGCCAGAGAAUAGCUGCCUUUGGCACAGGUAUACAUUUUUUUAACACCUGCAUUACCGGCAUACCAUUUUUAUUGGGGGAAAGCUUGCUGGAAUGGGUUACAGAGCCAGAGAAUGGCUGCCUUAGGUACCAGUAAACAUAUUUUAACACUAAAUUGCAUUACCAGCAUCCCAUUCUUAUUUUUAUUUCGGGGGGAAAGCUCUUUUAAAAUGAUAUUCAGAUUUGGUUAAUUCCAUUAAGUUAAAAUACUGAGCCAGCAAUAAUAAAAUAUUUACAAAGAUUUCAGUUAAGAAAUAAGUAAUUACUGCAACAUAUUGCCACAAAAUAAUCAAAUCAAUACUUUACUUUUGGGAAAAAUUCAUCAAAAAUAAUUUUUGUCCCUGGUAAUUUUACAGCAAUACAUCCAAACAAAAUUUGAGAAGUAUAAUUUUGUCCCUUAUACUGUAGAUGCACUAUGAAAUUACAAGGUGAGGAAAUAUCCACCUGUCUUGCUAAACAGAGAAGACCAUCAGUCAAUCUGGCAUCUUCCAUAGCACUGUUUCAUCUCUAUGAAACACAACCUGUGGUCCAAGUAAGUUUUAGAUACAAACAUUUCCCAAAAUUAUUUUAUGGCUAGUAAUUUCAUUAGGACUUACCUAAUUAAAUUAAAUAAAAGUGUUUACAUUUUUUAUUGUUGUUAUAAUGCAUGUUAUUACAGUAGGAAGACAUAGUGAAAUCUGUGCUGCUUUUUGUUAUCUUUAGUAACCUAGGGGAACAUACAUACUCAACCUAAUUCUGUGAUCCACUCGGAUCAUGUGGGGAAAACAUUGUGGGAAACAUGUUAGGAGCUAGGGUUAGGGCACAUACCUUCUGCAGCCAUUAAAUGGCCGUAGAUAACAAAGGUGUUGUGGAUGACGAAAAAAAAAAGCCCAUUGAAGGCGGGCCUAUUAGGCAGCCGUUUCGUCCCCACCUUUAGCUAGUACUUUGAUGCAGUGUGUAUAUACCGAUAAACACUGUUAAGUUCUGAGUGGUUGGUAGCUCUGAGGAAUCUUUUUGGCAGUGUACCAGUGAUGAUUCUCCCUAUCCACACCGACUCAGAAUUAUAGGACCAUGUUUUUCACCAGGGGUGGCGGGGGAGGUCAUAGUGGUCCACAGUUGAAAAUCCACUCCUUACUUUGUAAGGUAAAUUUUUCGCCGCUACCCCUUAGUUGUUCCUGGGGUAGUCAGAUGGUUUGUUGCUAGGGCAAAACAUCCUAACAUCCGCUGUACACUUCCUCUGUAAAAUGAGUAAGAGUCCCGCGAAAUGGGGUUCCGGGGAUCUCAAAGAGCAUCAGGUCGUUGACGACAUUCCAAAUGUAAAUGGUAUCUUUAAGAUAAUUUUUACCCAAAGGAUAUAUGGAAAAAAUGAAUCAAAAUUGUCUAUGAAAUGUCUUUUAAUAGAUUCCUCUGAAAACAUGAAAUACCAUUGCUUGAAAGAUGUUUAUAGUUUAUCAGGGGCAGAAAACAUUCGUUUUAGUAUAUUUAAGGAAAAGUAACAAUACCAGACCUGUUUACUCUUAUGAUUUUGGCGUACGACGUACGAUUUUGAGGUAUAUACAUUAUGUGUAAUGUAUGUUUAUUUUUUACUAUUGAGAUAAUGUAUUGAACGAUUUUGUGAUGAUAUUGGACGAUUUUAAGAGUUUGAGGGUAAACAGGUCUGCAAUACUCAUCAAAGAAUCAGACAAUUUCCCUAUAUUUUAAUGUAGGUGAUGUUUUAGGUAAUAGUCUAAGCAAGUAACAGUAUUUGGAUCUUCAAAAUUUUUAAAAAAUUAACUGUUUUGUUGAGGUUUUGGUAAAACUUCAGCCUUCUUUUUGAUAUAACCUUAUCGUACCUGUGGAAUGAUAGCCUUGUUUUCAUUGCCCAGAGAUCCCAUGCUGAGUUUCCUUCCAUGUGGUGUCCAAGAUCGGAACUGGUCACGCUGGCUAACACAUUGUCUGUAGAUGAACAUAACACUUUUGAUAGUAAAGCAGAGGUAAAUCGGUGUACUGUGUGUCAUUCAACUUUUGCCAACUUUCUAAAUGAACUAGAGGGCUUCCUGAACUUUAAAAGGUCUGACCUUACAGUUAGCUAUAGAUAAUUUGCAAUCAGGCCAUACUAUGUCACAAUUUCAAGACAUACUGGUGGAUUGUUUGCCAAGUUGACACUGUGGUUGUCCAAAUAAAACCUUAAAAUUGCCUCCACAAAAUUGUGAGAUUUUUAAGAUUUGAACUUCAAUUUUCAACUUCUAUUAGACAAUUAACAAGAUCCAUUUAAACUGAGUUGUGACUCAUCUAAACUUCAGCCUUGCUUUUCUCUUAUCUCCAGUUUUUAGCUUACAUUUUAUUCACAUACCUGGAUGCUAAGACUCUUGAUAGAAACUGAACUAUGAUUGAUCAUGGAAGCCGUAUCAUUGCUCUUUUUUUAAAAACGUACAUCAUUAUUGUUUUAUAAUCUGUCAUUGCAAAACAACGUUUGCUGAUCCUCAGGUUGAGAAAAAAGAUUGCCUGCUUAUCUCUUAUCUCCAGUUUUUAACUUACAUUUUAUUCACACAUCUGGAUGCCAAGACCUUGAUAGAAAUUAAACUAUGUUUGAUUACAGAAACCAUAUCAUUGCCCUCUACUUACAGUACUAUUGUUUUAUAGUCUAGAACUAUGUUUGAUUACAGAAACCAUAUCAUUGCCCUCUACUUACAGUACUAUUGUUUUAUAGUCUAGAACUAUGUUUGAUUACAGAAACCAUAUCAUUGCCCUCUACUUACAGUGCUAUUGUUUUAUAGUCUAGAACUAUGUUUGAUUACAGAAACCAUAUCAUUGCCCUCUACUUACAGUACUAUUGUUUUAUAGUCUAACAUCUGUCAUUGUUAAACAAUGUUCAUUAAUCCUCAGGUUGAGAAAAAGAUUGCCAGAGCAAUAGAGAAGAAACUGGAUGAAUUGCUCAGCAGGCCGACUCUAGAAGAAUUUGCCACUGCCCCUGACUGGCUGACAUUGGAAAAGAAGUAUUUGAGAAGUGCUGCCAACUCCAAGGGACUGAGGGUAGUGGCAGAGAUCUACUGUGAGGAACCAAUCUAUGUCGUCAGCAACAAGUAUGAUCUCAAACAGGUAACUCACAGGCUUAACAUGUCUUGGAUUGAAGAACACUGGCAAAAUGUAGGAACCGGUGACGUAUGAUAAAAUAUGUUGUAUUUUUAGUGUAGUGCAAGUUCUUGUCAUGGUCUGGAGCAGGGUUUCAAAUUCACAAUACAAACACUCCAGUGGCCCACUUGGACAUAUAAUUAGAGACAUUGCUCAAUGAUACAUCCCACCCUCUUCAUCACAGAUACUUAGUGUUUUUCAAUGUAUAGCGGUGACGGAAAUACAAAAAUUACUUCUCUAAAAGACUCAAACUAGAGUUUAUGAUAACGUUACGGACUACUAACAGACAAAUUUAGAUUGAAAUAAUUAAAAGUUAUUUAAUUUUAUAAUCAUUUGAUUUUGUUUGCUUGUGUGUCAGCAUGUGGACAUUUUCCCCAGGAGCCCAGGGGCAUGUGUAUUUUAGGCCCAGGAGCCCAGGGGCAUGGGUAUUUUAGGCCCAGGAGCCAAGGGUUCAAAGGGUUAAGAAUUAUACAUUUCUUUAACUAAAAAUAUUAAUAUUUGAAAAUAAUCUGUUCUCAGAUUGUUCAAAUUCUUGAAAAUCAGCCCAACAAAUCCCAUGGGCGCUAUAGAUUGCUACCAGCUGUAGAAAAGCCAUCCUACAAUGAUAUAGCUGGAGAGGUUGCUGCCAAUGACUCAAUCAUAAGAGAAAUCCAGGGCUCUGCUGAUGCUCAAAGGCAAGAUGCCCCUCCAGAACCUGUCAAAGAGGAAGUUGAAAGUGACAACCAGGAAGAGAAUUCUCUGGACUCUGAUAAUGAAGCUUUUGUCACUGCAAGCAACACAUUUCUUGAAGAUAUGUCACACAAGGGAAAUAUGCAGUUUCUCAAUGCAACCUCCACUCCAUUUCUCUCUGACAUACCUCUCCCCAAGUCCACAUCAACACCUUCAAGAUCAUCAGUUGUGAAAGAGGAAAGUACACCUGUGAAGCUAGUGCCAUACCGUCCUGAAAAUCAAUUUGCCACCGUUCAAUAUUUACCAUCAAACUGUAACCCGCAGACUCCGAAUAAUCCAAUGAGUUGUACACCUUUGCCACCGGCCACCUCAUGGGAUCAGGGACCAGCUAUGUCCAAUCCUAGUUACUUUUAUAGAGCGACAGCUACAACUUCUGGAACUUUCACUGCCACAAGUGAGACCUCAGACCCAGACAAGUUCAUACCAGCGUUGCCCUUACUCCCCCCUCCUCCGCCCCCGCCUCUUCCCCCACCACAAGAUGAACCGAGUGCAGUCAAUGUUCCUUUGGAGCCAAGUCCUGCCAACUUGUCUGACUGGAGCAUCGAUAGCGGCAGGCACCCUGAAGAUUGCCCCACCCGCAUUGCACAAAGUAAUGGUAAGUUAUAUGUACUAAAAUGACAGCAUGCCUAAUUCUUAAAUUGCAAUCAGUUUAAAAAUAAAAAAUUUUAAAAUCUUUGGGCUCUGGUGUAAAUCUUCAGUCCCUUGAAAAUGUGGUUAUUGAAAAAAUAACGUUGACAUUUAUUGAUUCAACUCUGAAAUAAAUGAAUGUACCAAGUAUCACUAACAAUGUGUUACUUAAGAAAAAAAUUUAAUAAAACUUGUGGAGCAAAAUUUGUCUUGAUGAUGAUUAUGGGAGAGAUUUGAUCAAAUUCAAUCAGGAAAAACUUUGGUUAGCCAAACCCGUGUUUAAAUUAAAGCUAACAGUUUGAAUUGAAUGUUAACUAAUUAAUGCAUGAUUGUUUGUUCAAGGCCACUCUAUUCAGCUAGAAAUAAAUGGACUUCCCAUCUACUAAAGUUACUUGAAGAAGCAUACUCCUCAUCCUCAUGUCCCUUAGUCCUUGGACCGUUGGGGCGCCACAGAUGACAUGUGAACCAUCCUCCUCCAUUCCUCUCUGUCUUCAGCAUUAUGCACUGCAUCGCCAAGUGUUAGUCUUGUCCGCUCUUUGAUGUUAUCCUCCCAUCUUUUUCUUUGUCUUCCUCUUCUUCUCCCUCCUCUUGUGGUGCCCUGCAAUAUUUCUUUGGCAAGCCCUUGUUUUCUUGUUACGUGGCCGUACCAUUGAAGUUUGCGUUUUUUCACAGUCACCAGUAGGUCAUCGUACUCCCCAAUUGCCUGACGAACCCCUUCUUUAACUGUAUCAUUGGAGAUAUGGACCCUAUAGCAGAUGCCAAAAAUGCUUCUGAAGCAUCUCAUCUCCAUCGCCUUUAUUUUCCUUUCAAGAUCUGCUGUUAAUGUCCAGGAUUCGCAGGCAUACAGGAAAAUGGAGAGGACUAAUGAGCGCAUCAGCCUGAUUUUGGUGCUUGGGGCUAUAUUUUUGUCAUUCCAUAUUUUCUUGAGCUUCUUUAGUGCUGUUGUAGUCUGCGCAAUCCUGGACAUCAGUUUGGGCUUGGAGCCUUCUUCUGAGACUAUUGCUCCUAGGUAUUUGAAGUGGCCUACAGUCUCUAAUCUUUUCUCCCCGACCUUAAUUUCAGUGGUGAUGCCUGCAGUAUUAUUUGUCAUCAGUUUUAUCUUUUCGGCACUUUAGCAUGCCAUAGGACGACGAGGUCUUUUCGAGACGCUUUACCAGGUUGGCUAGCUCUUUUUUGUUCCCAGCCAGUCCGUCUAUGUCGUCCGCAAAGCGUAGGUUGGUGAUUGUUCUACCACCAAUGCUGACUGCACCUUCAUGCGCUUCCAGGACAUCUGAUAUAAUUCUCUCUUGGAAGAUGUUGAACAGGGUGGGGGAGAGCAGGCAGCAUACACUUUAUAAAAAUGCACCAAUUAGUGUCAACUUCUGGGAAUUUUAUUUUUGCGCACCUAUGGAACACCUAAUUACAGCCUUCAAUAGUACUGAAUUAUUGUUUGUGAAAUGAAAAUUAAUCCAUCCAUAUUUUUAUGGUGUUGAUUUUUUACAUACCGGUAUAUUUUUUACCAAAUUUUCCAAACAAAAUUAUCAUUGAAGCUAUUAGCAGCUUCGUGAAUAAGAAAUGGCUUUGAGUUACUGUAAAAUACAUUUUUAUGAGGCUGCAUAAUCAUAAUGUUUAAGAGAACAUUGGUAAAGAAAACCUGCCCUGGUGUCAAAAACCAGAUUUUAUAAUUUACAGAAGCUUAUUGUACAAUCAUUGUUAAAAGUGAAUAAAAAUGUGUUAAUUUGUGUGAGCCAGGUCAUAAAUAUUAUAAGGUAAGACUCAAGUCCCUAAGUAGUUAAUUUUUUGCUCUGUAGAAAUGGCAGGGCAAAGGUUAAACAUUAACCACAACUUGGAUGUUGAGGGCUGUAAACAAACUUGCUCUCCUUGGACUAGUCAGUACAACAAUGUGCAAUGGCAUCACCCGCCAGUUGUAAAUUGGCAACUAGGUAGGCCUAAUGUAAAACCAACAAGUUUUUUUUGUUUUUUCGUUAUUGACUGAGUUGAAGUAUUUUGAGUUGCAUCAUUUUUCUCUCAUCGCCGACCAUAAUCAACAACCCCAUCACCAAAUAUGACUAAACAUGUUAACGAACACAAAUAAUUUUUUUUUCAAAACGCUCAACCUGAUAUUUAGGGGCAGUAUGCUUGAAUCACAUGACUUAGUUGCAAAAUAACGCCUGGCACAUUUUCUGAAAGCCAAAACAUUUUUAUUAAUGUUAUUGAAUAGGCAAUGAUGAUGCAAAACUAACAAAACAUCCUAUUGUCAUUGCAAAUUAAGAGAUUGGAGUAACAGCCAGGGCCAUGGAUUAAGGUUCUUUUGUUCUAUUAAAAAGUCAGCAUCUAAUGAGAUAAACUAUCAAUCAAAUUUUCCUGACAAGUUAAAGCAGAUGUCAUGAAAUGAUUUUUUACACACUAGCUUGGCACCCAGAUCAUCACACAGCAAAGAAUGCAUGGGUAUUUAAUUUCUAAUUUUUAUCAAUUUUGAUUUUGGGUGUUCUAUCCAUUCUGUUUAUUCCAAUGUUUAUUAACUUGGCCUCAUGUAAAAAAAAAUAACAAUGAAAGAAUUUCCCUCUUUAUCAGGAUACCAGCAGAAAUAUGCUCAGGUCCAAAAGACAAAUACAACAGCUGGUGGCUGGGAGAAUCCAGUUGUCUACCCUACAACAUACACAACCUACAGUGAGACACAGCACUAAGGAUUUGGGAAAAAGCACCAACGCCAUUACAUAUCUAAGCAUGUCAUCAGUAUUUUUUUCAAUUAAUUGAUUAUUUAUUAAGUUACUUAUCUGGUUUGUUGUUAAAGCCUAGUCUAUGUGAAUGACUUUCAUAUCAUUGCAAUGUUUGCUCAAAACUGGUAUGUUAAGGGAUCCAAGCAGCUGUCUAUUUCUAGGCAAAUAUAACACACUUAAAACUUGAAACUGAUUCAAAAUUCUGUCGGUAAAUGUAUGAAAUAUACUACUAAUCUGUUUUCUUUAAUUCAGAAACACAAGGUGUUUUUUAAGGGACAAGAGUUGAAAAAAAAACAUUUUUGUUAAUUUUUGCUGUUUCAUUUAAAUAUCCU